AUGCUCCUCAUCACCCAACUUAGGACAAACUGCGUAGGUACCAGGCCAUCAACACCACCACCCACCUUCAUUGAGGGAAAGUUUGAUGCACAAGAGACGAACCAGUCCACACUACAGGAAGGAGGGGGCGAGCAACCAUUGUAUACCUAUCGAUCAGCUGGGACCCAACUGGUUCCAUCUGAUGCAACGUCCGAACGUGCGCUUCCAGAACGCCAACGAACGCCUGUCCAGGACCCGGCCCAACUCUACCUUACCUUAACUUGCCUUACUUACCUUACCUACCAUAGGUACGGAGCACUGCCAACGCCAUAUCGACAUCCCUCACUCGAAUACCUAUGCAUACGCGACUACCUUCAGCAAGAUCCUCUUUGCUCCGGCGAUGGGUGCUGUUUUGCCAAUGUCCCUACAAUGUGCUGGGUCAUGGGACUAGGCUGGUUGGCUCACCGCAUAUUGCCCUACCUCAUGCACCUCGCGUCUCGAUUAGAGCCCGCUGCAGGCGCGCAGAACAUAACCGAACAAUCCCCUUUCUGUCAGAUUAUGGACUCGUAG